CGGACUUUACAAUGCAGUGUGACGGGACAGCUCGUGCUGCUGCUGGGCUAAAUAAGCAGUUAACGGUAACUUCAGUUCGAGGGGUCGAGGGCUAAACGUUUACUGUUUAUUCGGCUGGUCGUUUGCUUUAUCAGGAGAGUGCUUAUCUCAGUCAUAACGUUUCUCAGGAGCGAGCUGAACGCAAAUCUCGACCUUUCGCCAGAAUUGAACUGCAUGCUUGUAGCCUCCGGUUACCGUGCGCGCGAGACUGACAGCCAAAAAUAUCAGCGCCUGGUUUAUUUACAUGUAACGAUCAUUACAAAGUGUUUAUGAUCUCGGUGAUCAAACGCGGAAAGAAGACGCUGUAACUUCGGAUUAUUUUUGUUACAUGGAUAUUUUGGAUACUCCUGGCAGUAAAUACUGAAUAGACCAAACUUCAUGUGCCUGGAAAAAUGUGAGCCUGCGAUUUUAUCAGCACUGAGGAAUAAAUUCGUGAAUUUUCUCAACACGUGAUUUAAGAAAACCAAGGCUUUUUCUGCAGACAUCAUGGAGCUUCUGUGGAUUGUUCUUGCUCUUUUUGAUAUUAUUUACACGGCAAAUUGUGCUCGAGGUCCUCCCCGUGUUUCAGAGAAGGUGGUGCACCGGCAGACGGUGCGGAUCGGACGCACCAUGAAGCUCCAGUGUCCCGUUGAGGGUGACCCACCUCCCCUCAUCAUGUGGAGCAAAGAUGGCCGCAAUAUCCACAGCGGAUGGCUACGCUUCAGGGUCACACAUCAAGCACUGCGAAUAAAAGAGGUGGAGGCUGAGGAUGCUGGUACUUUCAACUGUAAAGCCACCAACGGCUUUGGCAGCGUCAACAUCAACUACACCCUCAUUGUGAUUGAUGACUCGAGCACGGGGAAGGACGGUGCCAGACCAGCAGGAGAUGCAGAGUUCUCCACUGACCUGUCAGGAAAACUGGUGCGGCCCCGGUUCACCCAGCCGGCUAAGAUGAGAAAGCGGGUGAUUGCUCGGCCAGUGGGCAGCUCGGUGAGAUUGAAGUGCACGGCUAGUGGAAACCCAAGACCCGAUAUUGUGUGGCUGAAGGACAGCAGGCCGCUCACGCCCGAGGAGGUGGGCGAGAGCCGCAAGAAGAAAUGGACGCUCAGCCUGAAAAACCUCACGCCGGAACACAGCGGCAAAUACACUUGCCAUGUCUCAAAUCGCGCCGGAGAAAUCAACGCCACCUACAAAGUGGAAGUCAUCCAGCGCACCAACUCUAAGCCCAUCCUGACUGGAACUCAUCCUGUGAACACUACAGUAGACUACGGCGGCACCACGUCCUUCCAGUGCAAAGUACGUAGCGACGUUAAACCUGUUAUCCAGUGGCUCAAGAGAGUGGAGCCUGGCGACGAGAGCAAGUACAAUUCCACCAUCGAGGUUGGAGAGCACCACUUCGUAGUGCUGCCCACCGGGGAGGUGUGGUCACGGCCCGACGGCUCCUACCUCAACAAGCUUCUCAUUACCCGUGCCAAGGAAGAAGACGCCGGCAUGUACAUCUGCCUGGGUGCCAACACUAUGGGCUACAGCUUCCGCAGUGCCUUCCUCACCGUCCUGCCUGACACCAAGCCCCACUUCCCGCCUGUCGCUCCUGUCUCGUCUCCUGGGCUUCCUUGGCCCGUCAUCAUUGGCAUUCCUGCUGGUGUGGUCUUCAUCCUGGGCACCAUCCUCCUGUGGUUCUGCCAGUCUAAAAAGCACUGUUCCUCGGGAGCCAUCGUCUCCUCCCAGGCCAACGGUCAUCGCCAGCCUCCCCGAGAGCGGCCGUUGCCGGGAGCCGAAAAGGACUGCAUGGGCUCUAUGAGCUACGAGGAGUACCUGAGUCAACAGCAGCAGCAGCAGCAGCUCCUGCUCGGCCCCAAGGCCUACCCAAAGAUCUUCACAGACAUCCACACACACACGCACUCACACGUGGACGGGAAAGUGCACCAACACCAGCACAUCCACUACCAAUGUUAGCCUCCCGCCGUCCCGCAAUAGUGACCUCACCAGUGGCCGUUUCUCUUUGCAUAGUUUGGAUCUUGCAGAACUUUGAAGCAACUUCAAGCCAAAGCGAAUGCUCGGGCCACGCUACAUCACUGAUUUUGGAGAACACGAACCAUACAAACACAUGAGCCAGGGUCUUUCAGACAAAACUGUAUUUCUUAACAGGACAUCAAGAGCAUACUUCCACAAGUUAACCAUGCAACAUGGCUAAGAAGUAAACAGCUCAAUGACAGAAUAUGAGCCUGGAGUAAAUAUAAUAUAAAAAAGAUGCAAUUGUUUUACACAAAGCUAAACAGAAAAACACAUUUUCAGGUCAGUUCUGGACAAUGCACACGGUAAAUGAAAACAAAAACAAAAAGUGAAUGUACUGUCUCUUUCACAAUGCACUCUCGGUAAAAACCGCCGCCUCUUUGAUCAGUCAGCUUUAAUGCUCUUUCACAGACGCAGUUUGUGGAUAUGGCCAAAAGAAACGUUUUCUAUUAGCACCAAAUUACAGUAAGAACUAUUUGUACUGCUGCAAUCUAAACAGUGUAGAUGUUCGCAGGUAUACACUAUUAUUAUUUUUUUAUUAAUUCUGCAUAUGCCAAAUUUGGAUUUGUGGAUGCUCAUAAGCCCUUUACUUCUAAACUGACUGCAUGAGAGUCUAUAUGUACAUGUUGUUCUGAUUUUGUGAGCUUUCACAGUUGGACUUUGGUACAGGAAUGUUGCAUUAUCAGUCUUUUGCGAUUGUAGUUGGAUAUUUAAAUGCAUAUCACUUUUAAGUGUAUCUUCACUUAACAGAUAAAAGAGAAAAACACAAGUGCCUGUUUUUCAGAUUUUACCGAUCUCCAUUAUAAAGUUUCAGGUACAGGAUGACGAUAGAAAUUCCUUUCUCUCAGGUGGCCCUUUUGAUUCAACUAGUUUGGAUGUAUUUUUCCUCAUCUUGACCACUAUAUGAAAACUGUGUAAAAUGCCUUCGACUGCUCAAGUAAUAGCAGCCCUUUAAAGAGUUUUUGGUGCUAGGGCUUUUAAAAAUCAGACAAUGCAAAAAAAAAAAAAAAUCUUUCCACGCCGAGAUCCGAUCCCGGCCCGUCUUCCCUGCUUUUUCUUUCUGUAAGUCACCCAAACGUGGAAGUGCAGAACACACAGGGUUUCAGAUCUACACGAAUGCACUUAUUCAGCAGUUUCAUUAGUUCGUUAGUGAGAGAGUUUAGGAUGAUGUUAUGUUAGGAAUGGCUCAGAAUGCAAAGCCGAACGUCGAAACGUUAACAGGUGUAGUUAAUUUAUUUGCUUAGCAUUAUAUUUGUGACCUUAAAUUGGGCAUUACAUAAAUGUUUCAUUUGAACCAAAUAAAACAAGAUAGUUGAUGGUUUUCUUUUUCUUUUCUUUUCUUUUUUUUUUUUUUUUAUAGCUCCAGUGUAAGCUAUGUAGCAUAUUAUCAAGUGUAAAAUAUUUAUAUGUGCAGUUUAAAAAAAAAAAAAGUUAGUAAUUAGUUAUCUUUGUAUGGACAAUCUUGUACAGUCAGGCCUCUUUUUAUGCGGUAAAAAUGUUAUGUUUGUCACAUUGAAACAUUUAAAAUCAUUUUAUCAUUGCCAAUAAAAUGAUAAAUCUUUA